GAGCUGGAGAGGAGCGAGCGGUGACUCCGACAGAGGCAGCCGGCAGAAAUCACCAGCCAGGAUUUGCUCCUCUCUCUCUCCCUCUCUCUCUGAUUUCCAUUCAGCUCCUCCCCCGUGUGGUUGUGGCUUUGCCUUCCAUCAAAAGCCUCAUCAGCAACGCCAGUCUUGGAGGGGAGGGGGGGUGUGAAAAAAAAAAAAAAAAAAAGAGGAGGGAGAAAAAAAAAGAGGAAAAAAGGAAAAAGUGCAAAAGAAGGAAAAGAAAACAAGGAAAAUAAAAAGAGGGGGAAAGAAAGCAAUCUCCCCUGCCCUCCGGCUGCAUCUAAUACAGCAGAGUCUGAAACUUUAUGGAGUUCUCGCUGUGUUUACCCCGCGGCGGGUAGAUCGGCAGCACCCUGCUCGCCCGCUCGCUCCUGCUCUCUCUUUCCUGCUCUUUCUCCCUCGCACUCAUCAGCAGUCAGCAGCGAUGGAAAAAGUUGCUGGCUGGUACCCAGCCUGGCACGUUGCUCUCCUGUACUGGACAUGGCUUUUCCUCUUCACUUUUGGCUUUACCGGUGCAGAAAUAACUUGCAGAUCCUGCCAUUCCCAGGUGAAGCUGCAGCAGCAACAUCCGCAGCAGGGAUUAUUAAUGCAUUUGAGGACCGACAGAGGAGAAAAGGAGCAGAGGAGGUUCCCGGGGGAGAAGGGAGGUGAGAGAGGGCAAGGGGCCGGGAUGGAGGCGGAGGAUGCCGGGCUGCAAGAGACCCUCGACCCUGCUCCGGCGGGGACGAAAUUCAGCGGCUGGGAGACCCGGCGAUCGACGAGGGAGCCGGAGAAAGCGGCCGGGGCGAGGCGGCCCCGAGCGGCGGCUCCCGCCGAGGACCAUCCCCCCCGGGGCCGGGGGUCCCUCCCGGGGGGCGGCCGGCCGGGGUCGGUCCGGCGGCGGCGGGGCCGCAUCCCGCGGGGCGCGGCGGGGCGGGAGCCGGGGGAAGCCGGCGCCGCCCGCUUCGGGCUGGAGGAGCUGCGGCUGGGCAGCACCACCUUCGCCCUGGCCGGCGACUCGGCGCACAACCAAGCCAUGGUGCACUGGUCGGGGCACAACAGCAGCGUGAUUCUAAUUCUGACAAAGCUGUAUGACUACAACCUGGGAAGCAUCACAGAGAGCUCUCUUUGGAGGUCAACAGAUUAUGGGACAACAUAUGAGAAACUAAAUGAUAAAGUUGGCCUGAAGACUAUUUUGAGCUACUUGUAUGUUUGUCCAACAAACAAACGUAAGAUUAUGCUACUGACUGAUCCAGAAGUUGAGAGCAGCUUAUUAAUCAGUUCUGAUGAAGGGGCCACCUAUCAAAAAUACCGUCUGAACUUCUACAUCCAUAGUCUGCUCUUCCAUCCCAAGCAGGAAGAUUGGAUCUUAGCAUACAGCCAAGAUCAGAAGUUAUUCAGUUCAGUGGAGUUUGGCAGAAGAUGGCUGCUUCUUCAUGAGGGAGUUGCACCAAACAGGUUCUACUGGUCCAUGAUGGGGUCUGGUAGAGAGCCUGAUCUCGUGCACCUGGAGGCAAAGACAGUGGAUGGUCAUGCCCAAUACAUCACCUGCAAGAUGCAGAACUGCAGUGAAGCCACUCGCAGCAAACCCUUUCCGGGCUAUAUUGACCAUAACUCUCUGAUCGUCCAGGAUGAUUAUGUCUUUGUUCAGUUGACAUCAGGAGGAAGACCGCAUUAUUACGUUUCUUAUAGGAGGAAUGCAUUUGCACAGAUGAAGUUGCCAAAGUACUCCUUGCCCAAGGACAUGCACGUUAUCAGCACAGAUGAGAAUCAGGUGUUUGCAGCUGUACAAGAGUGGAACCAGAACGACACGUACAAUCUGUAUAUCUCCGACACCCGAGGGGUGUACUUCACCCUGGCCUUGGAAAACGUCAAGAGCAGUCAAGGGCUGGAGGGGAAUUUGAUGAUUGACCUCUAUGAGGUAGCAGGGAUAAAGGGAAUGUUCUUGGCUAACAAGAAGAUUGACAACCAAGUGAAAACUUUCAUCACCUACAAUAAAGGGAGAGACUGGAAUUUGUUGCAGGCUCCGGACACUGAUCUGAGAGGAAACCCUAUUCAUUGUCUCCUACCCUAUUGCUCCCUUCAUCUUCACCUGAAGGUCUCAGAUAAUCCCUAUACCUCAGGAAACAUCGCCAGCCGAGACACUGCCCCCAGUAUUAUUGUAGCUUCAGGUAAUAUAGGCACUGAACUAUCAGACAAUGACAUCAGCAUGUUUGUUUCUUCUGAUGCUGGGAACACUUGGAGACAGAUCUUUGAGGAAGAGCACAGUGUUCUGUACCUGGAUCAAGGUGGAGUACUGGUCGCCAUGAAACACACAUCUCUGCCUAUCAGACAUCUCUGGUUAAGUUUUGAUGAAGGGAGAUCUUGGAGCAAGUACAGUUUCACAUCCCUCCCACUGUUUGUAGAUGGAGUUUUAGGGGAACCUGGAGAGGAAACUCUCAUCAUGACAGUGUUUGGACAUUUCAGCCACCGCUCAGAGUGGCAGCUGGUGAAAGUAGACUACAAGUCCAUUUUUGAUCGGAGGUGUGCAGAAGAGGACUACAGGCCUUGGCAACUCCAUAGCCAGGGAGAAGCUUGCAUCAUGGGAGCAAAAAGGAUCUACAGGAAGCGCAAGUCAGAGAAGAAAUGCAUGCAAGGAAAAUACGCUGGGGCUAUGACCUCGGAGCCAUGCGUGUGCACAGAGGCAGACUUUGACUGUGAUUAUGGAUAUGAACGUCACAGCAAUGGGCAGUGUUUACCAGCAUUUUGGUAUAACCCAUCUUCCUUGUCGAAAGAUUGUAGCCUUGGACAGAGUUAUCUCAACAGCACUGGAUACCGGAAAGUAGUUUCUAAUAACUGCACGGAUGGUGUGAGAGAACGGUACACAGCAAAACCACAGCAAUGUCCUGGCAAAGCCCCCCAGGGCCUUCGGAUAAUCACAUCUGAUGGCAAACUGACAGCCGAACAAGGACACAAUGUCACUUUCCUCGUGCAACUGGAAGAGGGAGACCUCCAGAGAUCACUCAUUCAGGUGGAUUUUGGAGACGGCAUUGCUGUGUCGUAUGCCAAUCUCAGCUCAACAGAAGAUGGGAUCAAGCACAUGUACCAGAACGUGGGCAUAUUCCGAGUGACCGUGCUGGUGGAAAACAGCCUGGGAUCUGACAACGCUGUUCUCUACCUGCAUAUAACAUGCCCCUUGGAACAUGUUCACUUAUCUCUACCAUUCGUCACCACAAAGAACAAGGAGGUCAACGCCACGGCAGUACUGUGGCCAAGCCAAGUGGGAACACUUACUUACAUCUGGUGGUUCGGGAACAACACAGAGCCACUGAUCACAUUGGAAGGAAGUAUCACAUUCACAUUUUCUGUGGAAGGGAUGAAUACCAUCACCGUUCAGGUCUCAGCAGGAAACACCAUUCUUCAGGAUACAAAGACUAUUGCUGUGUAUGAGCAAUUUCAGUCCCUGCGGUUAUCGUUCUCUGCAAACCUGGAUGACUACAAUCCAGAUAUCCCAGAGUGGAGAAGGGACAUCAGUAGAGUAGUCAAGAGAGCUCUGGUGGAGGCAACAGGUAUUUCAAGCAAGCAUAUUCUGGUCGCAGUGCUCCCUGGUCUGCCCACGUCUGCCGAACUCUUCAUUUUACCAUAUCAAGAUGCCACAGGAGAAAAUAAAAGAACAGCAGCAGACCUAGAGCAGAUUUCAGAAACCCUGAUCCAGAAACUGAACCAAAACCUGGUCCAUUUUGAGUUGAAGCCAGGGGUUCAAAUCCUUGUCCAUGCUGCCCAUUUAACAGCAGCUCCCCUGGUGGACCUCACUCCCAGUCACAGCGGUUCAGCUAUGCUGAUGCUCCUCUCUGUCGUUUUUGUGGGACUAGCCGUGUUUAUAAUCUACAAGUUCAAAAGGAAGAUUCCUGGCCUUAAUAUAUAUGCACAGAUGCAGAAUGAAAAAGAUCAAGAGAUGGUCAGUCCAGUCAGUCAGAGCGAAAGCAUACCUAAUGUCCCUCAAAGUGAGCUGAUGAGCCCUGAGCAACUAGUAGAUGAGAAGUUGGAAGUCCAGCCCAUAGAGCAACCCCAGGCCACAGUCCAGAACCCAAGGAAAGGAAAUGCAACCAAGGUAGUCUGGACAGAGGACUUCCAAAAGGCUUGUGGAUCACCAAGAGGUUUCAAGCCAAGACCCGGAGCGGAAGUAUUUCCACAGCUGCUGAGCCCCAGAGCACAAAAGAAAUCCCUUCCUAUGUAAAUGGUUGAAUUGAGGACACCGAUAAAUAUCUAUAUCUAAAAAAAAAGAGGAGAACUCGCUGCAUUUGGACUUUUUAAUUCUUCAGAUGACAAAGGGUUUUUAGCUUUAAGCCUGUGCAUGUGGACAUUAUACUGAGACCAUAGUGGAACUGCGUUGUACAGGUGUUCAAUUUUAGUGGGGGGUGGGGGGAGCGGAACUGGUACCACUAUUCACUCCUGCGGCCCUUCCCCUCACCCCUCCACUCUCUUUUUUCUGAUCUGUCUCUAAUUUGUAGAAAAUUCAUAAUGAUAUAGGCCAAGAAUAUGCAUGGGGGUCUCUUCUUUAGGGAGAGG